UUUUCUAGAGAAUAGUGAUUUUAUAGUGGUUAGUCAACCAAUUUAGGGAGUAUUAUGAAGUUUUACUAAAUUAAUUGACAAAAUAUUUAAACGACGCACAUGUACCAUGAAAUAGAGUUUAUUAUACCUUAAUAAAAAUGCAGAAUGUGUUUAGAAAUUUUAAAACAACACUAAAGAUCAUAUGCUUCAGUAUAUUGAGCAUUUACCGAAAAAUUCAUUAUGUUCGUAGGCGUUAAUCCAUAGAUUUUGAAAAAAAAUUAAAAGAAUGAAAAUUCUAUUUUAAUGCAUAGUUGCUUCCUUUACUAACAUAUGAUGAAGGUCAAAGAGGUUUGGAACCUUUGUUGUCUCCGUUUUUUCUAGAGAAUAGCGAUUUUAUAGUGGUUAGUCAACCAAUGUAGGGUGUAUUAUGAAGAUUUACAAAAUUAAUUGACAAAAAAAUUAAAAGACGCCCAUGUACCAUGAAAUAGAGUUUAAUAUACGGUUUAUCAGUAGCUUUGGUUUAUGAUUCGGUUUAGUAUUGAUUUGAGAUUUAACGGUUUAGACAGUUGAACCUCUUACGGCACGGCAUCGUUCUGGUUUUUGUUACCUGAAGAUCUCUUUCAUAAGUUGUCUGAAUCAUUUUUGCUUCCGACAGCUUCGCUCCAAACUUAAUUGGAUGAUGCAUUAACCAACAAACAAAAACAAAUAUUGUUUUGACAAAUAAGACACAGGCUCUAAACAGAAAUUGUCUGAUCAAGCAAUAAAAAAAAAAAAAAUUCCAACCCCCCCCCCCCCCCCCCCCCCCCCCCCCCUUUACCCUUAACCAAUAUCCCACAUCAUUGGAUAGAGAAAAUAGGAAGAAGACCCGCAACUAUUCUAGUUCUUUACUCAUAAGUCAUAACCAAUAUGAUCCAGAGAGUAACGCACUAGUAAUGAUGAUGAAUAAGGCUUAGUAUUGUAAUUCAUCUGUAAUUAUUAUAAUUAUAAUCUCUGUAGCAUAGUAUUGCCUAAAACGAGCUGAUGUUUUGGUUCACACAAACGAAGACCUAUAUUUUAUUUUCCACUUUCAGAUACUGGAUAAAAAAAAUAUUUUUUCUAAAGAAUAUAUGUUCUAUAUUUGGUAAUUCAACAAACUCUAUAGAAACUUUUACCACAAGGCAGCGGAAGCGGGAACGGAGAUCACUAGGCUAUGUAUAUAACCCAACAAUUAUCGGUUUCGUGAGAAUCAAGAAACUUUAAAACAUUCUCUAAUAAUAGUGACAAGUGGUUUUAAUGGACACAAUAGCUGGAUCACUCGACACGUGUAAACCGGACAGUGGCGACGUCGUCAGACCGAACGGCCCCGUUCAAUCUACACCACGCACUGUCUUCACCGACUCCUCCAAUGCAACUCUCGGUCGUCAUUUAGCUCAUCGUCUCGUCGAGAUUGGCGUCAAUGAUGUCUUCUCAGUUCCAGGCGACUUCAACCUCACGUUGCUUGACCAUCUCAUAGCCGAGCCAGGUCUCAACCUCAUAGGCUGUUGCAACGAGCUUAACGCUGGCUACGCGGCCGAUGGCUACGCUCGCUCACGCGGCGUUGGCGCUUGUGUUGUCACUUUCACCGUUGGAGGACUCAGCGUGAUAAACGCUAUUGCGGGAGCGUACAGCGAGAAUCUGCCGUUGAUAUGUAUCGUCGGAGGUCCGAACUCAAACGACUAUGGUACUAACAGGAUUCUUCAUCACACCAUUGGCUUGUCUGAUUUCAGACAAGAACUAACAUGUUUCGAGGCUGUGACUUGCUAUCAGGCUGUGGUGAAUAACUUGGAAGACGCACAUGAACAGAUAGACAAGGCUGUAUCGAUGGCUUUGAGUGAAAGCAAACCUGUGUACAUCAGCAUCAGCUGCAACUUGGCUGCAACUCCUCAUCCUACAUUCAGAAGCGACCCCGUCCCAUUUUCUCUUUCAACAAAAUCGAGCAACAGGAUGAGUCUAGAAGCAGCUGUGGAAGCAACCGUUGAGUUUCUCAACAAAGCCGUGAAGCCCGUCUUGGUUGGUGGUCCCAAGAUGCGUAUGGCCAAAGCUUCUAACGCUUUAGUCGAGCUAACUGACGCUUCUGGCUACCCAUUAGCCGUGAUGCCUGCUGCAAAGGGUCUUGUUCCCGAGGACCAUCCUCGCUUCAUCGGGACCUAUUGGGGAGCUGUAAGCUCACCCUUCUGCGCAGAGAUUGUUGAAUCAGCAGACGCGUAUAUAUUCGUGGGACCAAUCUUUAACGACUACGCCUCAGUAGGAUACUCCCUUCUCGUCAAGAAAGAGAAAGCAAUCAUCAUACAACCUGAUCGUGUCACCGUAGCUAACGGUCCAACCUUCGGAUGCGUCCUAAUGAGCGACUUCAUGACCCAGCUGGCCAAACGUGUGAAACGGAACGAGACAGCUUACGAGAACUACCACAGGAUCUUUCUCACUCAAGGGAAACCGUUAAAGUCCCAACCAAAAGAGCCUUUAAGAGUCAACACAAUGUUCCAACACGUUCAAAAGAUGCUGUCUAGCGAAACCGCGGUGAUAGCGGAGACUGGUGACUCUUGGUUCAACUGCCAGAAACUAAAGCUGCCUAGAGGAUGCGGCUACGAGUUCCAGAUGCAGUACGGAUCGAUCGGGUGGUCGGUAGGAGCUACGUUAGGAUACGCUCAAGCUCAACCCGAGAAACGAGUGGUUGCCUUCAUUGGAGAUGGAAGCUUUCAAGUGACGGCUCAGGAGGUUUCAACGAUGUUACGAAACGAGCAGAAGAGUAUUAUCUUCCUUGUUAACAAUGGUGGCUAUACCAUUGAGGUUGAGAUUCACGAUGGACCUUAUAACGUGAUUAAAAACUGGAACUACACUGGUUUUGUGGAUGCGAUACAUAACGGUGAAGGUAAAUGUUGGACUACUAAGGUGACAUGCGAAGAGGAGCUAGUUGAGGCUGUAACGAUAGCGAGUGAGUCUAAGAAGGAUUGCUUAUGCUUCAUUGAAGUGAUUCUUCACAAGGAUGAUACGAGCAAGGAGUUGCUUGAGUGGGGUUCACGUGUUUCAGCCGCCAAUAGUCGUCCCCCUAAUCAAUGACUAGACAACAACACAAGGCCUAAAAUACAUUUCAUAACCUGUAUCAGAAAAUCUAUAGGUUAUUCAAAUUAAUUACUUUGUAGCUGAGUUAGUUAUUAUUCCCUCCAUUUUUAAAAUAGUACAUUAAUUAAUAAAACAUUUUACAUUUUAAUUAUAAAUACAUUUUCUGUAAUUUUUCUUUCUCAUAUUUUUUAAUUUAUAAAAAUUUAAUUAACAUAAUUAAUCCCGUCAAAAAUUACAGUUUAUCACUAUUACAUAAUUAAUAAAAAUGCAUUGAACAUGCCAAAAAAAAAUUGAAACAAGGUGGGAGUAUUAUUUUUUGUUACCUUGAAUCAAACUGCUGAUAACAUCGUGUGAUUUCAUAGCAAAACAAAAUCCUACUAUAUAAAAGGAGCUAUUUUUAGAGUUUCUAAAGGGUGCCACAUAAGAUGAAAUAUUCCAGACCAAUCGUUUUCCCAUGUCUGGUGUUUAGCUUAUGGGCCUCAAAUAAUCCAAACCCAUCCAGAUAACCAGUCAAUUUGCAAAGGUUUUUGGCGUGGCUACAUCUGAUUAAAUGUUCGAACCAAUAAAAAAUAGCAGGCUGUCUAGACUAACCUAAAACAUCUUCAUUUCUUCAAUUUUCGUUGCCGAAACCAAGCUCUCAACCUCUCUCCUUUUCCCAUUUUUUCCCCAUCUUCGUCACUUUUCAGAUUCUCAUUUAAAUUGUAACUUUAGCUAUAACUACAUUCCUCACAUCAAAGACAGAAUUUUCACGAAUCACUUCAACUUCCCCUCUCAAACCCUAUAUAUAUGCCGAUGUAGUCAUCCUAAACCCUGUCAAAUCUUAAGCAACAAUGGCUUCCUCUCAAGUAUCUUUCUUAUUUCUUUCCCGGAGCUUCAGAAAGAUCUCGGCAUCACCAAAUUUGAGAGGAAUAUGACGCACCCAUAAGUUUCCUUGGAUUAUAUAUGCUUCAUUAUUUGUUUUUAACUUCUAUUCCUAGAUUUAAAGCCUCAAGAUUUCAAUCGUUGGUAAGUUUUAGUGAAAGUUUUGUCUUGCUUUUACUACAGUUGGUAAUUGUUGUAGAUGAUGAGGAUAUAGAGAAUGCAUGCUCUUUGUAAUGGUAUGUGUUUCGUCCCAGUUAAUUUAAUACAUGACUCGAGCUUAUUAUAAUUUCCUGACUUUUGUUUGUGCUUUGUGAUCUUCCCCAGGUUCAUCGUGGUCAAGAUAAAGACGAGACAUGACUGGAAACAGGUGAGCUUUUGAGUACGCAUCUUUAAAAUCUGGGAAGCGUAUUCGCAACAUUAGGAGCUGAGUGAUCAAGCUAUUAAUAAGGUGAUCGGUUUUUUCUUAUAUAAGUGAUGCUAAGGAUCGUUUUGCAGAGUUUUACAGGAAACUGGCAUGCAGGGGUCUUACUAAAUUGCAGUAAAUGAUAUGGCUGAGAUCGAGACUUAGCUUAGGUGUGAAGCAAGAGGAUUAUUGCGUCUUACAAUAUAACAACUUAUGUUUUGCGGGUCAAUACACGACGUUUCUUAAGAGGGAUGUAUAUUUCAUGCUAGAAUGUGCAUAAGGGGAAUUUUUAGAAAAGAGAUAACUUAAGUGGUAGAGGGUAAACAGAUGAGCAGAAAAGAAAAGUAAAUAAAAAAAAUCAUUGCUAUGUAUAACAAAUUGCUAUGUAUAACAAAACCAUUUGUUCAGUGAAUCAACUUAAGAGUUUUUUUGGGAUUGUAUACUCCUGGUCAGUUCCUUAAAAUAGUUGUAUUAUAAAUGUAUAACUGUUGUUUUAGCGCAAGCAAUUUGUAUUAUUCCUACACUUCUAUUUUUGUUUAUGUUUGUGACUGUGUUUCAAAAAGAAAAAAAAAAUUAUGUUUGUGACUAUCGUAAGUUAUCAGCUGCUUUAAAACUCACACAAAGAAAAAAGAUACAAAGAAAAUUGGAGACAGUGGUUUAAUUUAAAACUUUUUCGCUGGUCAACUUUCAUACAUCUCUCAUAAUACGAUGACAAAGUUGCAAAUUUUAGACCAUUAUAGAAUCCAAAAUCGCAAAGUAAAAUCAUAUUGAUAACAUAAGCCAAACAUAUAUAAAAGUGAAAAUAAAAUAAAAUUCAUAUACGUUUUAUGGUUACUAAUUUUAUAAACAAUAUAAAAAUUUUAUUUUGUUUUAAAACCAAUUACUUCAACCCUACCAUAUAUGUUAUUAGUAGGUUCAGAAGAGCAACAUUAGUCAAAUUAGACCAUUUAGAUCAAAUAUGAAAACACUAGAAAAUACAUAAGACCAACCAUUCAACCAGAUAUAACAAUAUAUAUAUAGGAAAACACAUUCUGUCUUUUAUGCUCUAUUAUUUUACUCUUUAGACAUUUCCCAGUUUAUUAG